ACCAUCGUUUGUAAACUAAUAAAUCUAACCGGUGUAAAUAAUUUUACAAAAUAUAAAAAAUUAUUAAUUUUCAUCACGAACAGUGAUACAAAUUUUGAAAAAUGAUAGAAACAUUACGAAAAAGUUCCAGUGUUCACGAGGAGAAAAAUGAUGAAUCUCUACAAGGUGAUUUGGGACAAGAACCGUCAGCCCCCAUAACCAGACGAGGAUUUCUUACUUCCUUCAAGACAGGAAAAACUAUGAACAUUCCUGACAGUGAUGUACUUGGACGAUGUCGAUUUGUAUCCGAAUUUGAAAAAUUAAAUCGAAUUGGUGAAGGUACAUAUGGAAUUGUUUAUCGUGCUAAAGAUACAACGAAUGAUAAAAUUGUUGCCUUAAAAAAAGUGCGUAUGGAACAUGAAAAAGAUGGUAUUCCUGUAAGUAGUUUACGAGAGAUUCAAGUUUUAUUGAAUUGUCGCCAUGAAAAUAUUGUUCAAUUAAAAGAAGUUGUUGUUGGACGAAGUUUAGAAAGUAUAUUUUUGGCUAUGGAAUAUUGUGAACAAGAUUUAGCAUCACUUUUGGAUAAUAUGCAAGCACCAUUUUCAGAAUCACAAGUCAAGUGUAUUAUGUUACAAGUAUUACGUGGUCUUCGAUAUCUUCAUCACAAUUUCAUCGUUCACAGAGAUUUAAAAGUAUCGAAUCUAUUAAUGACUGAUAAAGGCUGUGUAAAAAUUGCUGAUUUUGGUUUAGCUCGAUGGUUUGGCAUCCCAUUAAAAUCAAUGACACCCAGAGUUGUAACACUUUGGUAUAGAGCACCAGAGCUUUUAUUACAGGCACCCACACAAACAACAAGUGUUGAUAUGUGGGCUGCUGGUUGUAUUCUUGGAGAGCUAUUAGGUCACAAACCAUUGUUACCCGGACGUUCUGAAAUUCAACAAUUAGAACUAAUCGUUGAUCUUUUAGGUACUCCAUCAGACGCUAUUUGGCCAGAAUUUACAACAUUACCUGCUCUACAAAAUUUCACAUUAAAACAACAGCCUUAUAAUAAUUUAAAACAACGUUUUCCAUGGUUAUCAGCAGCUGGUUUACGUUUAUUAAAUUUCCUAUUCAUGUACGAUCCUAAAAAACGUGCUACCGCUGAAGAAUGUUUACAAAGUAGUUACUUUAAAGAAGCACCAUUACCUUGUGAUCCUAAAUUAAUGCCAUCAUUUCCACAACAUCGUAAUUUAAAGAAUGCUGCACCUGGUAAUAAAGGUGCACCGGGUAAUAUUAGCUCAGAGCCGGCAACAAAUACUGGCGCAAAUGAUCAAACUAAUAAUUUACCAGCUAUUUCUGAUUUGUUGGGAUCUUUGGUGAAGAAGCGUCGAGUGGAUUAGAUUUAUAAUUUUCUUUUUUUUUUUUUUUAUUGUAAGAUUUAGUUUUAAUAUAUGAUCUAAUGACUUGUAUAUAUUACAUUCGAAUAAAAGUGAUUUGUCGUA